AUGUUGGACUUAAUUACACAAUACAUUAAUAAUCCGGACCAUCAUGAUGUUUUGGCAAUUGUCAAAGGUUUUCGUAAUGGUGCUGUUUAUGGUGCCAAAGUUAGAUUUCCUCAUGCUCUAGUUAUGUCAUUUUUAUUUCGUUCCGGAAGUCUUGAGGAUAAACUAAAAUUUGUUUUUGAUGCUACAAAAACACACUCAAAGAAUUUAGCAAAAUUUGUUACAAUAUAUAAAACUUUGAUGUAUGUACAGAGAAAAAUUGUUGGUAAAGAACAGAAUGGCCAUUCAUUUAUAGCCGGUUUAAUUGGUGGUUAUUUUGUUUUUGGUGAAAACAAUAACAUCAAUCAGCAGAUUGUGCUUUAUGUUUUUGCACGUAUUAUGGUGGGAUUAGCUAAACUCCCAGUUUCUCGUAAAACAAUGGAAGAACCUAAACACACUUUCCCGAUAUUUGCAGCUGUGGUUUGGGGUAUUGUUAUGUGGCUUUUCCGUCACGACCGAGAUGUUUUACAACCUUCUCUGCAAGCUUCUAUGCAAUAUUUGUAUCUAGAUUCUGAUCAUUGGGCUUCUCUCAAAAAUUUCUUGUGGCAUAAUAAAUAA